CGCUACGSAGUUUGUCGAACAAGAUCAAGUGCGAUAUAAAGUGGAACCGGUACGACCAGCAAACUGGUUACAAGUGCAACACAACGUUGCCUUGACUGCAAGCUGCGUUGUCAGUUGUCAACCCUUCGUUCCUUGCAGGGUACAAAUUGCAAUACCAGCAAGCAAUCCACCCCGUCCGAUCGAGUUCCGUUGCCAGAAAUCUCGCAUUCAUUUUCAUUAUUGUAGCCUGUAUUCUUCGCUGCUGGUAGAAUACAUCGGUGUCAUCAAAUCCAAUAACAGCAACAAUGGAAGAGGCAAUGUCGAUAUCUACGCAGGUCUUGAUCCAAGAACCUGAUAAUCUUCGACGCAGCGACAAUAUUAAGCAGGAGCAACCUUUCUCUGAUGCCAAUAACGCAAUCCCGCAAGCUACAACCAUCUCUCAUGGGUUCGCCGAUGGCGAAGAGACUUUCGAAAGGACGAGCGACAGCAGUAGAACAAUGGAUUGCGAAGAUGACAAAUUGGAAAACGUAGUGGGUUCUUAUUGGGAUAUCGUAGCCACUCUCUACAUGCCGCUGAUUCUACUUUGGUCCCGCAGAAGCAUGUUUGGCCCGGCGAACCUAAUCCGCUCUGUAAUUGUAGGACAGUUGAUGCGCAUAAUAGUUCUGGAUGACGUUUCCAAGUGGAUCUGUGAAAGACUUCCUUCGUGGUUAGAAAUUUAUCUCAUUCAACCCUCAAUGGAAGCGAGAUGUAUGAAUAGUCACGUUUCAACGGUUCUGGGAGCAGUCAGCGGAAAACCGGAUCCUCAUGCUUGGCCACCGCCCGCAUUCACUGGGCUUGCUAUGUUGACAGUUUUUGCGCUUGUGGUCCAUCCCGAUGGAUUGACGUGGAUAAUGCUUGGAAAGUUACGGUACGUUGAAAGAAACGCAUUAUCGAAACACACAAUUCAUUGAGUCUUGGUUUCGCUACAGAACAAUCCCUUUGUUACCGGUGAUGGUUCGUCUACCAGUGUGCUUUGAAUGGCUGAUUUUCACUUCUCACGGCACCAUGUUCCCUCUCUUGCCAAUUCUUGGUACAUUCUAUUUUCGCUAUGAUUCAAUAUGCGUAUUCUCGAUCGAAACUCAAUCAAACGCGAACAAUUAUCUUUGCUCUGCACCUCACCUGGUAUAGAGACGCAAUAUAUGCCAUAUUUUCUGCUUUGGGUCGGAGUUUGGAGUUCGUCAUCAAUGAUUACGGCGUGUUUCCAACGAUAAUUGCCUCCGCCACGCUCGCGGGACUGUUUUUUGUGGUCUUCGUCGUCCUUCGUACAUUAUCUCCCAAAAAAGGCAACAACCAUUCAAACAACAAUCAGAAUAAUAAGCAAACCAACGAGAGGAAGAAAAAGAAGAAAAAAGGAGGGAAUGGCCGUCACAGAAGGGAGCAUCAGCACCACCAUCACAACCACCGAUUGAACAGGAUAAAAUACUCAUCGCAAUUGCCAUCACCAUCGCUUCCCGAGGUGGUUGAAGAUUCGUCAACUCGAGAGGUGUUGAAAGAUUCUUCAACUCCAGAGUUGUUGAAUGAUUCGUCAACUCAAGAGGUGUUAGAAGAUUCAAAAACAACAGCAGCAAGUAUGCCUUCGCUAAUGCCGUCAACACCUCCCUCUGUAAUUCAUAAUGAUGAAUCGACGGAAUCACCAUCGCCAUUGAAUGAUGCAAAAGGAACCGAGCUUCGCUUACCUGCCCUCCCUUCUCCUUCGACAACCAACGCUACGAACGUGAGUAGCGAUGAAAACAAUAUGAAACCAACCUCCGUGACCGAGAAUUUUUCAUCACCUGCCGCAACAAACAAAUCGAAGGACAAACGAAGUCGGAGGCGAAUGAUGUCUGGAUCAACAGAGGAUACAAUUCCGAUGUCUGACGAUCAAUCCUGCGGUUCUACAUCUGUGCGGUCAUACCCUUCGGUAAGCGUAAACUCCAAUCGACCAGGUGGUAGAGCAGGCCAUAAUAACAAAGGCUCAGGAUCCACUUCGCGAAGGGGAAAACGUGGCGAGACAGAGAGGCCGAAGCACGCGGAACGAGGCAAUAGAAGGAAGAACAAGGGUCCGUCUGCAGAGUCGUCGGUGUCCAGUCGAUGGGACGCCCUGAAACCAAAACACGGCAACAACAGCAACUCCGUUGGCAACAGCAAAACUUCUUACAAUCACAACCAUAGCUCGAACGGCGGUGCAGGCAACAAAAAGCAGUCACGAUAUCAAAAAGGAAACGGUCGCCGCGGUCCCGGAGGGAGUGGAAACGGAUCAAAGAAUAGAAAAUCUCGUCCAACUCCGAAAACAUUUGCCAACAACGAGCGGCCUUCUGCCGCGGCGUCUUCCGCAAACAAUCCCGGAGCCCGUGUCCACGAAGCGCCCCCGCUUGCUUCGGCGCGUCAGAACACGGGCUUCCAAUCCCCGACAACGAUGACGGCCUUUUCUUCGAACCCCGUUUUGAAUUCCUACACUGCAUCCCCCCAGUCCAACAAGGCACCGACCCCUCCCCCCGGUUUUCAAACYGGACAGGUUUUGUCUGGUUUGGAAGACAACAAAUACGAAGCCCGCCACCGCUACAACGACGACUUGUCCGUUCCCACGCUGUUCGAUACACCGCCGUUGGUGCUGAAACCACCGAAAGCAGCCAUUGGCCCGCCUCCUCGUCCUCAAUACAACGAAGKUGUUGGUGCGGAGUGUUACUUUCCGGGUCUUGUCCCUUCGCACGGUGGAUCUGCGAACGGCGGUACCACGAGGAGCAGGAUCAAAGAGAAUCCGUUUAGCAACGAUAGCAACAACAACCUCAGCUUUUCGCGCUAUGAGGAAAACCUCGACAGCCAGAUCGAAGCAGAUUUGCAAAAACUAGGAGGGCAAAUGGCAGGAAGCAUUCUCGAUUUUUGAAAACAUUGCGCGUUUCGUGGUUUGCGCCUCGAGGAACUACAGACUGUUGUGUCUCGAACAGAUCGAUUAAGAAAACAACAAACGCGGAWCUUUUAUGUUAUUCUACACUGUUGUGAGUGGAGCCCAUAGACAAACACUGUUUGGUUUGAUAUUCUAUACCAUCGUGAGAGGAGACUAUGAUACUAUUCCCUCUGCACGUGCUUUCGCAUCAGUAUACAGAUUGCUUCAUUAAACUCGUAAGAAAUAGAUCAGGUUCUCUGUU